CACCUACAUCAUCAGCUACCUGAAGAAAGAGAUGCCCUCCGUGUUUGGGAAGGAGAACAAGAAGAAACAGCUGAUCCUCAAGUUGCCCGUCAUCUUUGCCAAGAUUCAGCUGGAGCAUCACAUAUCUCCCGGCGACUUCCCGGACUGCCAGAAGAUGCAGGAGCUGCUGAUGGCUCACGACUUCACCAAGUUCCACUCGUUGAAGCCGAAGCUGCUGGAGGCGCUGGAUCAGAUGCUGACCCACAACAUCGCCAAGCUCAUGCCCCUACUCCGGCAGGAGGAGCUGGAAAGCACGGAUGUGGGCGUGCAGGGGGGCGCUUUCGAGGGCACCCACAUGGGCCCCUUCGUGGAGCGGGGGCCCGACGAGGCCCUGGAGGACGGCGAGGAGGGCUCGGAUGAUGAGACCGAGUGGGUGGUGACCAAGGACAAGUCCAAAUAUGAUGAGAUCUUCUACAACCUGGCGCCGUCCGAUGGCAAGCUGAGCGGCACCAAGGUCAAGACCUGGAUGGUGGGUACCAAGCUCCCCAACUCUGUGCUGGGCCGCAUCUGGAAGCUAAGCGAUGUUGACCGAGACGGCAUGCUGGACGACGAGGAGUUCGCCCUGGCCAGCCACCUCAUCGAGGCCAAGCUCGAGGGCCACGGGCUACCUAGCAACCUGCCUCGCCGCCUGGUGCCCCCUUCCAAGCGGCGCCACAAGGGCUCCGCCGAGUGAGCCAGCCGCUGCCUGCCGGCCCUUCCCCCCUCUUGCCCUGCUGUGGCUCCCCAGCUCCGAAUGGCUGCGCGCACCUCCCCACCCCGGCCACGUGCACCCUGCCUGCCCACUCUCGCAGCUGUAAGGCUGGGGGUCCCUCCUGCCCCCCACUGCCAGACAGUGGGGACCAGGGGAGGGGCGAGGCUUCUCUGCCCACCCUUCACACCUCCACCCUCACGGACACUUAGCACAUCAUUCCGACACUAAUACACACACACACACACACACACACACACACACACUCACACAGAAGCAUCCAUCCAUGCAUCAUUCAUUCAAAUAUUUGUUUGAGCACCUACUAUGUUCAGGGCUCCUUCUAGGCACUGGGGGUUACAGCAGAGAGCAAAACAGACGCAUCUAUAUGACCUCAUGGAGCUGCCAUUCUCAGGAGAGAUCACCUACAGAGUCACUCAGACAUACAGAGACACACACCCAGGCCUGACCCGUCUGAUCCCUGAGUCUGAGCAGGACCCCUCAUAAGCGAGCGGCCACUUGGUUGAAAUGACUAACAGAGGGGUCCCCUUGCCCUGCUUCCUCUUGCCCAGCCAGGUGGGGACCCUCCACCCCAUGGUGUCCUCAGGUCUUGGGACCACUGGGGGCUCAGGGGGGAGACACACCUCCUACUUCCUCGGCUGGACCCCCUCAGCCCCUCCCCCCAGUUCCUGCCACACC